GUGAGUGCCCAAGCCUGCUGUCACCAUGACGACUACUCACCUCCAGCAGAUGGUACAGGAAUAUGUGUCCAUGGAGUUCUCCAGCUACACCCCCCAUGUGUAGACCUCUCAGACAACUGAGAGGAUGGGAGGCAGUGGAAUGGGGAACAAAGCAGUGUUCAGAGCCCAGGUGCAGGGAAACCUCAAACCCCACUGUGUCCUGGACGAGGGGAAGGGGAAAAUUGCUAAGAUCUUCUAGGACCAAAUCAACAAGAAACACAUCCAGCUGGAGCAGCUGACCUCACAUGAUUCGGACAACAGGUGUGUUGCAAGCAAUGAGCACACAGAUGCCAUUACACCAUCCUGGUUGGUAACAGAGGGCGAGCCUGUCAACAAAAAACUCGAUCAAGAAGCUGUGGAAGAAGAUGGGAGAAAGAUGCUGGGUUUUUGGGCUGAGGUACUCAAGAAGGACUUUGCAAAGGUCUGUAUGGAAUGUUUCCCUGACCUGGGCGAGCUGCUCAAAGGGAUGAAGAGGAAAGUGGAAGUGGAGGGGAGUAGGAUUCUGAAGCCACUAGAAGACAAAGACAAGGUUGACGCUCCUAUAGUCCUCGACUACAUCGUGGAGCUGAAGGACCCCAGUCCUGAGAUGGCACCGACCAAGGACACUGAGCCUUUCAGGAUCCAGUAUCCCGUGGGUAAGUGGGAGGUGAGGCAAGUGGGCUCCAGGUACAUGCCGGUUAUUAGCAACACAAACAUGAGCAAUGCCAGUGCCUCCAGCCUGACUGAAGCUGUGUCUGAGAUCCACCUCUCCAAGAAAGAAACUGACUUUGUGUGGAAGUCCAGCAGGAAGCAGCUGAAGACAGGUGGCAAGUAUGAGCUCAGGCCAUCUGAGAAUGGUCUGACCUACACACUUAAGAUCAAAGAUGCCAGACUCGGCAACAGUGGCGAGUUCUUUGCCGAAGCAGGAACUUGGUACGGAGGAUCAUCUCACUAUCAACUUGGGCUGCAUGACUUACAAGCAAGGCUAUUGCCCAAAGCGACCUGGUACAAGAUUCUCUAGGUGACCAAGGAGGAGCCUGUGUCCAUGGGACACAGAGGAGACCAGAAUCAGCUCACCAUCUCCAGCUGUGUACAUAAAGACAUCAACUUGGUCCUGCUCAAGCUCAAACAUGAUAGUCACACAGCAGCUGCUGCUGUGCACAGCCAUCAGGGUACAAGUGACCCUACUCCUGAGACUGAGAAAGUCUUUGCAGCAAAUCCUAUAGAACCCCUGCCUGGCCUUACCUCUCAGCCUCAAGUGGCUGAUGUGACCAGGGAAUUGUUGAACCAGGACAUCGACUGUCCCUGCCCAGAAUGGUGCAGUCCAGGGCUUUGUUACUUUGUGGUGGAAAGAGAAGGCAAUAAUCUGUGGAUGAUGGCCAACAAGGAUCCCAUUCAGAGCACAGAGUAUACCAUGGAUGGGACACAAUGUAAAUUCCAAGGUAUAGCUGUGUAUCAGGCCACCCCAGGACAUGCCAGCAUGCCAACCAGUUCAGUGGUGGCCAAGGAGCUGGUGGGUAUGCAGGCUAGUAUGAAGGCACAACUUCUGACCCCAAUUCUUCCGGAUUUCUCCAGACCUCCUGCAAACCAGCAGCAGUUUGAAAAGGCCCCCAACACAGUGACUCUGACCUGGAACCAAAACCCUGAUGUCCAGGAAGAUGGUGAUGCCCACUAUGUCACCCGAAGAGGGAUGAAAACAGCCCCCGUCUGGUUCGCUGCAGCUAAGCAUGUCUUCAGCAACAAGUGCAUGGUGACCGGCAGGAAAUGCUACUUCAGACUAGUGGCUCAAAAUGAAAUGGGUGACAGUGACCCACCGCACUCCAAGGAUGUGUGGUUUGUCAAUAGGACCAGAGUGGAGAUAGGACCGGAGUCACUAAAGAGUACCCAAGAGUUAACAUCAGAGAUCCAUGGAGAUGGGUCAUCACUUACAGACCUAACUGCGCAGGUGGUGGCACACACCUUUAGCCCCAGCACCCGGGAGACAGUCAUGGAAUAUGACCCACAUCUUCCUGGGUAUCUUUUGAGCUCUAAGAUGAGGGUGGCUCACAGCUGCCCAUCCCCCCUACGCAGUGAGGACCCGAGCCCCAAGUUGAAAUCCUAUCAGCUGGACUGGCACCACGCAACCUGCUUUCUGGCCCACUGUGCUCUGUGCCAGGACUACUCCAUGAGUGGCACCUUUCUUGGGAACCCAUGGCUCAUGGUGACUGUCUAGGGUGAUGUCAGCAUCACUGUCAACUCUAAGUUCUGCUACAGCUUCACCCGCAGUGUGUACACCCUGGCCGUCCCCACCUGCACGCUGAAGGACAGCCGUGAAUACUGCACGCUGGGAAAGCAUGAGCUAGGCGAGGACCAUAGCAUCUGCUUGCUCACUCUCUAUGAUGGCAAGUCAAGCCCAGCAUUGAUCACCGAGAAUCUUCAGAAGGCGGAGCUCUUCACGCAAGCUCCGGCCUGGAGGCGGCAGCAUCAGCUGUGGUGUGGGGCUUUUGGGCCAGUCUACCUUACUGGACGGACGGAUGGACGGGCGGACGGACGGACGUGUCACCUUAAGUGUUCGGUGAAGGUACAGAACAAGAAACUCUCUGAGCUCACCCUUCCUGCUCCUGAGAAAGGAGUGCAACAGGAGCCCUGGGGGUGA